CAAACCAGAAAAAAAAACCCCAGGGUAAUGGCAAAUGCAAUAGCAAUACUACUAAGGCAAGCUAACUCAACCAAACACAAAUCCUCUCAUUUACCUUGUCUCUCUCUUCCUCCAAAAUAUUCAAACAAGAAAAGAAAGGAAUUCCUCCCCCAUAUAAUAAUACCUCUAUAUCUCUUCCAUAAUCCUAGCCUCUCUUCCUUCCUCACAAUGGCAACAUUCAUCCGAAAUUUGGUCAUCAGCUAUGCCUUUCUUGCAGUUUUUCUCUCAGCAGGUAUUGGAGUUUUUGUAGGUGUUGAGUCUUUUGGAAUCAACUAUGGUCAAGUGGCUAACAAUUUGCCACCACCAGACAAAGUCCUUGAAUUGUUGAGCACCCUUAAUCUCACAAAAACAAGAAUCUAUGAUACCAAUCCUCAGAUUUUGAGUUCUUUUGCCAACUCAAACAUUGAAAUAAUUGUGACAGUGGAAAACGAAAUACUAAGCCAGUUGGAUGAUCCUCAACAAGCAGCUCAAUGGGUGAACAGCCACAUCAUACCGUACCUUCCAGAGACAAAGAUCACAGGGGUUCAGGUUGGGAAUGAGGUCUUCACUGAUGAUGACACCACUCUUAUUCAGCACCUUGUGCCAGCAGUAGUGAACAUUCACAAUGCUCUAUCUCAGUUAGGCUACUCAAACAUCAAAGUUUCAACACCUAGUUCGUUGGCAGUGCUUGCUUCCUCGUACCCUCCUUCAUCUGGUAGUUUCCAAAGUGAAAUCUCUGGGAUCAUGUACCAGUUUUUGAACUUCUUGUCAACCUCUAAGUCCCCCUUCUGGAUCAAUGCCUACCCCUACUUUGCUUACAAGGAUAGUCCAAAUGGGAUUUCUUUGAACUAUGUGUUGUUCAAUCCCAAUGCAGGAAUGGUUGACCCUUACACCAAUCUCCACUAUGAUAACAUGCUUUAUGCUAUGGUGGAUGCUGUUUCGUUUGCCAUCGCUAAAAUGGGCUUCAAGGGGAUAGAGGUUAGGGUCUCUGAGACUGGUUGGCCAUCCAAGGGAGACGCUGACGAGGUUGGUGCCACGCCAAUGAAUGCUGCAACUUACAACAGGAAUUUAUUGAGAAGACAAAUGGCUGGUGAAGGGACACCUUUGAAUCCUAGAAUGAGGUUGGACGUGUACUUGUUUGCGUUGUUCAAUGAAGACUUGAAGCCUGGACCAACCUCAGAACGAAAUUAUGGUCUUUUUCGGCCCGAUGAAUCCAUGACGUACAAUGUUGGCUUGUCUGCUCUUGCAACCUCAUCAGCAUCAACUUCCUCCUCCUCUUCAGUUUCUCUUGCUUCCUCUGCCGCUAGGGUUAAGGUAGUAGCACCAUGGAAAUGCAAAAAGUUGGUGAACUGGAUUCUUGUCUGUGUACUGAUUUCAACCCUUUAUGGGUGAAAAAUAUCCCUAUACUGUGAAAUUCAUGUCAAUAUUACAGUUGGGAUUUUACUUCCUUCAAGUGACCAAAGAGAUCCACCCCUGAACAAAGGCAUUAUGGAAUCUCAAGUUCGAAAUUAAAGGUACUAUUUUGAAGAAAAUAGAGAACGACCAACACUCUGCAAACAAUUGG